CGCACGGCCGCGCUCCCGUCUCGGGUCCCGCCUCGGGAAACCGCAACGGAACGCAAUGUACAGCGGUAUUUGCAUCUGCCUGUUCCUUGCUGUGCUCUCCGCCAGCUCCUUCGGACAGCAAACGGUGGGCUCACCCCAUGGGAAUGCACUGGCUGCUGAGCUGGAGCAGAGCCUGACAGACCACCACCGGCACAUCCGCACCCCGUCUUCGGCCGGCUCACUGAAGUCUGUGCCGCGGCUGGAUGGAAGCACUGACCAAAGAUCCAACAUCGGUGCUUUGUUGGCCAAAUACCUCCAGCAAGCUAGAAAAGGUCCCACUGGAAGGCUCUCAGUUAUGGGAAACAGGGUACAGAGCAUCGAUCCCAUGCACAGGAUAAAUGACAGAGACUACAUGGGCUGGAUGGAUUUUGGACGCCGCAGUGCUGAGGAAUACGAGUACUCUUCCUAAAGAACACCAAACCAGAGCAAGAGAGAGAGAGAGAAAGAAAAUCACACUCCCAUGUCUGUACAGAAAAAUUGAUUUGUUGUCCUCUUCGAAUCAGUGUUUUAAAAUAUCUCAUGUAUUUGAUGUAAAUUUGUCUGUAAGA